AUGGCGAAGGAGCUUUUGCAGCUUUUGUUCGUGUUCAGUUGCCUGCAAGUGGUGUGGCGCGCAUGGUGCGGCGACAUGCCCUCUGAGGCUACGACCCGCACGGCUUUGGACUGCCUUACGGGGGCUACUUUGCAGGGGCUAAGCAAGAAGCUUUUGCGCACCUCUGCAUUCAGGCUGGCAGCCUGCAGGCAGCCUGCGAUAGCUCUUGGGCUGCUGUUGCAAGACGUGCGCGAUGCUGCCCUUGGCCAAGGUGACAUGAGCAUCUUGCCAAGUGUGGCCACCAAGCGCCCACAGGAGCUUCUAAUAUCUCGGAAGUCGAUCCCGGAGGAAGAAGGUGCAAGUGUGCAAAACGUCUUUCGCGACAUGCUCGCGGCACGCAGUUCUCAGGCCGAGGUGGAGUUCAUGGUAGAAGGCAUCGUCACCUUGCUGGGCACUGUGAGCAAGGAGAAGGGCAGCUAUCUGCCGAGCUCGAUGAGGUUGCCACCUUUCUUGCCUGAACUCCUCGUUCUCGUCUUUCACCUCACAGCCUGCCCAAAGUUCGUGGCAGGUGCGUGUGCAGAGGGUGAGGUCAUCAGCCUCAUCGAGGGUGUCCUGUUGGCAGCCAACCAGGCGCCCGAGCAUGUCGACGAAUCAGGCCUCAGCCUCAUUGAGGCCGCGAUUCUCCUCAACCUGACCUCGUACCGCGAAGUUUGCGUGGAGCUGGAUGAGGACUUUGAUGGCAGCUUACCCGAGAGCAUCCCUGAUUUCGAGGGUACUGCUGCCGACUUUGUGGCCUUGGCAGCGCUUGCUCAGGCCAACGAGAACCUAGGCAAGUGCAAGGCGAGCAAAAUUCAUGACAACAUCGUGCAGAUGAGCUUGUUCACGUUGGCCAAUGUGUCAACAUUCGCGGACGGUCUGUGCAUGGAAGUCACCUCGCGCCUGUUUUCCUUGUUUGAGCGAUGCGUGAAAUCGCUCCAGCUGUCUCGAGAAAGGCUUGGCUUUGCCAGCCACUUGCCGAUACUGCUGGAAGCCUUCGAUAAUGCCCUCCAGUACAGGUAUGGUGGCAACACCAACCUAGCCUAUGGCUUGAUGACAAGACAGGCGAUCUUCCGAGAUCUCGUGUCUUUGGUGCCACAGGUCCAAUGUCACAUUGAUCUUGACAAGGACGGCGAGAAGGAGAGACAGCAAUGGCAGCAGCGUGUUGAGAUGCACCUGCAUCCAAUAUCCAUGCUCUUGGAUGCAACGGUGCCGAUGCUGGAAGCGGAGGUGGAGAAGCACGAAAUAUCAAACUCAGAUGAAGCCAAGGAGCUUUUGCCUAGGUGCAUUCUGGGGCUCAUGCCACCACCGCAUGCCUUCCAGAUGAGGCAUUUGCAGCGCUGUGCUGCGACUCACUUGACCUGCGAGCACCUGCUUGCGGCUUGCCUCGGCGAUGGCCCGGUCUGCCCAUUGUGGGAAGUCGAGGAGGCCGAAGAGGCCGAGGAGGGCCAAAGGGGUCGCUCGUCGAGUCAAGCGAAGCCGGAGCGGGCUCCGGAAGUCCGCAGAGGAAGAGAGAGAAGCAACAGCAGAACGAGGUCGGCAGGCAGCAACCGCGCCAAAGGCUCAGGUGGCGCCAAAGCAGCUGCUGCAGAGCCAUCUGCACUCCCAGACGGUGCCGUCACUGGGACCCAGGAUGCCACAGGCAUAAUGACGAAGUCCCCUGAACGGGAUCCUGGCGAUUCCAGACUUGCUGAUGGUGCCACUCCGAAUGGAAACGGCCAGGCAGGUGCACCGACUGUGCCCUCUGCACAUCAGGCAAGCGACACUCCCAGUCCAAAGGCUGGCAUGGACACUUUGGCCUCACAGCUUCAGGAGGCAGUGGCGUCCGGAGUGGACGUCGCUCAGUUGCUCGCACAAUUGCAAGCGGCAAAGGCGCAAGAAGCUGUCGGGAUGGAUCCAGCAGUCUUGCAAGUGUUGCCAUUCAGGCUGCCAGCGUCCAACAGCAUGGGGGCUAAAGCUGCGAAAGCAAAGUCAGUGCCUGGAGGUCCCGAAGCUGAUCUGCCCUCCGAGGCCGCAACAGUGCAGGCCGCACCGCCCAUCCGAAGCCUGAGAGGUGCAGAGCAAAGGGAGUACACGCAGGAACAGGAGGCGGCCGCUGCCAAAAUUGGAGCUGUUGCAAGAGGCAGCGCCACUCGAUGGCAGGUCAAGCAGGACUAUCACGAAGCUAAACGAACCGCGGAGGGUGAUCCUUUGGAGCCGCCGUUGCUUGGCUUCUCUGACUAUGCUCAGCGAAACUCUUCUAUGCCUUCCGUGCCCGACUCCAUCCGCUUUAAGGUCCGUGAUGUGACCAAACAAAACGUGUUGAAGCAGUUGGGGCACACCGAGGACAUGAGCCAUUGGAACACAUUCGAGGCCUUGGCAUCGAGGCUACUAGAGAAGGUGUCUGGUUCCGGUGGUGAAAGCUUGCCGCCAGGCCCAAAGAAGCAGAUGUCAAUGGCCCAUCUUUUCAAUGAUGAGGAAGCACUCCGAGCAGAACUCGAAACCAAAGCGGCCGAGGGUUUUGUGGCUCGUCGACAGGACCACUACUUGCUGGGGAAGUACCAGAUGGUGGCAGUGCCGGCGAUGGCCGACUAUGACUCGGCCUUCGGAGAGGUGCGACCGGGACCGCCGGGAAUGCAGGAGGGCUUCGGCCCGGAGGCAGCGUCCCCACACCGCUGGGACUGCGACGGCCCCGAGGGUUUCGAUGGCUGGUUCUGGGUGCUGCACGCGGCUGCGCCCAACAUUGGUGAAAGUGCACAGGCAGAGGACUUUCUGGCGUAUUCGGUGGAAGAGGAGGACGUUGACGAAUCGAGCCCCGCAAGGACAGAGUCCGUGAGAUCCACGGUUUCGACGGCCUCCAGGUGCUGCUGGAAGGAUCGGCUUGUGCGACCAACGCGGCGGUUGAACGAGGAUCUCUACAUCCAAGACCUACGUCACCUCUGGCGGAAUGUGCUGACAGCCAUGAGACACUUGCAGGUUGAGGAUGUCAUUCUCUUCCCAUUCGGAAUGGGUGCUUUCCUGCGACACCUUAACCUAAACGACGAUCGGUACGAGGAUGCGAGCAUCAUGCGAAGGUUGAAACGCAGAAUCGCCGAUGAGCUUAUGCAUGCCAUAGUCGACAUAUGCUCGCCAAAGUCCAAAGCUGCUCCGAAGGCUUCAGCACCUCUCGAAACCAGAGUGCAUCUCUGUCUUGUGUGUGUCAACCCCGAGAGCGUGGACAACCACAACUGUUUCGUCGAGGCAGCAGCAGCUCGGGCAAAGAGCUGCCCUGAGCUGAAAGAGAUCCUCCAAUUGAGGCGCAACGUCGAUUCCUUGCAGCUUGCCCACGAGCUGGCGAAGAAGGGUUCUGGCAAGCUGAAGGUCGCCCUGCUCAAUGGUGCCAACCGGAAGCUUUGCGGAAACCACUGGUUUCAAAGUGGGGCUCGCUACGCCAUCGACGAGAACCUUCAUCGUCGCUCUGCGUCGCUUUCCAGAGCCUCCUUGCUCGUCAACUUUGACACGGAACCGAGGCCUCGGCGCGCCACGCAACUUCAGGAAACCGUGAAGUUCUUCAGUGGAACCGUGGUAGACUUGGCAAAGAAGCUGGAGCCCGACAAAGUCUUUGCUGUCCAGAAUCAGCAGGACCAGGAGAAGCCGAAGUCUGCUCUGAGCGAGGCCUCCAAGGCCAAGGCCGAGGCUCUGCCGGCUCCGGCCCGCAGGCCCCGCAGGCCCUUCUGCCUCUGUGGCCGAAGUGCCGCCAAACCACAGGAGAGAGCCGAGCAGCCGGAGAUGGUUACAGGUACAGUUUGA